AUGUUCAGUAAAUAUAUUUAUUUAUCACGUCAAACAAGUCAUAUUAUAUUUAUUUUUCAAUCAUUUAAAAAUAAUAAACAAUUACAUGGUGAAAAUCAUAUUAAUGGAAAUAAUAUUCAAUUAAAAUAUUUAAUUUAUCCACCUAUGUUAAUUGAUAGUAAACAACAAAAAUUAUUAACAUAUAUGCCUUGUAGAGAUGAAUAUCAAAGAGAAUAUUUAAAUCAACCUGAAAAUCGUUUACCAAUUUUAAAUAAUGAUCAAUAA